GAACGCAUCGCAGGUUAAACGUGCAUCCCAUGCGUAUGACGUCAUUUGGUUUUCAUUUUGUUCCUCCUUUGGUUGGAGAUCAAACCAGCUAGCUGAUAGCAAACCAGCCACAUUUCUUUGUUUUUCAUUGUUCUAAGACCCAGUUAUUAUAAGGCGUGUUUUAUUGUCUGAUUCAACAGGAUAUUAUUUAUCGCCAAAUUCAUACGGACACCGUUUUCUUUCCGCUCCGGGAGAAAACACUGAGUCAUGUACAAUGGGAUUGGCCUGACAACUCCGCGGGGCAGCGGCACCAAUGGCUAUGUACAACGCAACCUAUCAAGCCUGCGGGUCAAAAGGCCGCGGGAUGAGCGUGGGGGGGAGCGGGAUGACAAGGACCGGGAGAGACUAGAGAGUCAGCUCAACAGGCAGCCUAAUGCUGACAUCCUGGAGCACCAACGGAAGAGGCAGCUGGAGGUCAAGUGUGCCGAGCUGCAGGAUAUGAUGGAGGAGCAAGGGUAUUCAGCUGAAGAAAUUGAGGAGAAGGUGCACAGUUUCCGGAUGAUGCUACAGGAGAAGCAGGAGCCUCCUCCCGCCACCACUGAGAGACCAACGGCGACAGAGACCCAUGCUCUAGCUGCAGCCAACCAGCAGAAAAAUGACCGUCUUCGUGCGGCUUUUGGCAUCUCCAGUGAAUAUGUGGACGGGUCAUCCUUCCAUGCUGACCGCAAGGAGAGAGAAAAGGAGAAGAAAGAGCAAGAACGCUUGGAAAGGGAAAGGCAGCAGCAGCAACAAUAUACGUUGGUAGAAGACUCAGACAAUUCAGAUUCUCCUCCCAAGAAGCGCAGUCGGAAGAAGAAGAAGAAAAACAAGAACAGAGACAGCAGCUCUGAGAGUCCCUCCCCAUCUCCUCUACGAGAGAAGACGAAAUCCAAGAAGAAGAAAAAGAAACGUGAUGCAUCAGAAGAUGAAGAAGACAGUUCAUCAGAUGAGAAGCAGAAGGAGUCAAAAAAGAAAACGAAGAAGAGUAAAAGUGGGAGUCCUUUGAAAGCAAAGGCAUUGCGACACAGGAGUGUGUCCUCCGGCUCUGUUCACAGCCAGUCUCCAGCUCCAAUUAGAUCACAUCAACAGGACCAAAUUGCAAGAAAAGCUGAUGAAGGUAGAAAGGGGAGAUCGCCAGACAGGAGGAGACGUGCUUAUGAGGACCACUUUUCACAGCAUCAGGGAGGCGAAGGGAAGAGGCCAAAUUUUGAGAGAGAAAAAGAGCGGCCAUGUGUGAUGGAGAAGACCUCCAAGAGAAGACAUGACUCUUCAUCCCCUUCUCCACCACCACAGACCGAAAAAAUUAGGGAGAGGGAGAAAGGGAGGCGUUCCAGGAGCAGAGAGAUGGAGAAAAGGAAGCGUUCCAGUAGUACAGAAAAGGAGAGGGAGAGAGAAAGGAGCCCUAGAAGCAGAGAGAUAGAGAAAGGAAGGCGUUCAAGGAGCAGAGACAACGAGAGAGGGAGACGCUCAAGGAGCAGAGAAAACGUGAGGGAGAAAGUAGGGAGCUCCCGAAGCAAAGAUGUGGAGAAAGGGAGGAGGUCAAGGAGCAGAGAUGUGGAGAAAGGAAAAGAUGUGGAGAAAGGGAGGAGGUCGAGGAGCAGAGAUGUGGAGAAAGGGAGGAGGUCAAGGAGCAGAGAUGUGGAGAAAGGGAGGAGGUCAAGGAGCAGAGAUGUGGAGAAAGGGAGGCGUUCAAGAAGCAGAGAAAAGAGGGACAAAGGAAAGGAGGGCCUUCCUCAGAGGACAAGACAUCACUCGUCCUCAUCCCGUUCUCCUUCUCCUCCACCCAAACAGGAGACGAGGACAGAAAGGAGCAGAGACACUGAGUGGGAAAAAGAAAGGAAUAAACAGGGAAAGAAGAGGCAUGACUCGUCAUCCCCCUCGCCUCCCCCAAAGAGGGAGAGGAGUGGAGAGAGGGAGCGCAGGACUGAGAGAGAUUUGCAUUCAAGGGCGCCAAAUGAUAGGGACAACAGAAGAGACACUGCUAGGAGACAGGAGAGAGAGAUGUCUCCUUCCCAACAGAAAAAUGACAGGAGAAAUGAAGGACAUCCGUCCCACAAUUCCCCGUUACCCGCCUCUCGCUCUCCUGUCACAAAUGGGCGUCAAAGAGAGAAGGAGGAUGAGCGAAGAAGAGAAAAAGAAAAGGAGAGCAUUAAGGAGAAAGACGGGCAUCUGAAAAAGCUGACGGAACAAGACAGAGAGCGAGGUCCAGAAGGCGGCAGAAAGAGAGAUGAGGCUGUCCGUUCGACUGCAGAAAGUAGGCGAGAUGGAUCGAGACCUGCGGAGAAAGGCAAGAGCGAAAGACAAGGGAUGAACGAGAGGGAAGAGAAGACAAGAAGCCUGCUGACGACCAAGAGAAGUGAGGACAAGGAGAAACAGGCUGAGAAAAAAAGAGAGAGCAGCAGCAGCAGCAGCAGUAGUAGUAGUAGCAGCAGUAGCGGCAGCGAUAGUGACAGUGAUAGCUCCUCGUCCUCCUCUUCAUCUUCCUCUUCAUCCUCAUCUUCUGAAGAUGAAGGCAAGGCAAAGAAGGCUGGCUCAGCAGGGAAGGAAAAAAGUAGCCCCUCGAAAAGUACACCGUCUGCCAUUGGAGCUGCAGUUCAAAGGUAUUUAGCCAACGGGGGAAAGGAAAGCCCUGUCCCUGCUUCUGAGGGCAACGAGCAUCGACAAGCCCAGAAGGACAGAGAGGUUGGAGGAGACAAACGUGAGAGAGAGAGAGCUUCCCACAAAGCUCCUGCAGAGACUCACCCGUCCCGGAAAAAAGGUCAGGAACGAUAUAGCCCCACACAGAUGGACAGCCCCAGUCCACCUCCUUCCCCAUCCAACAGAGCUGACCCCAGCAGAGGCAGCAAAAGGUAUUCUCCCUCUGAGGCCAAAGCAGAAAAAACUAGAGUGGAGGUGAAAGUUGGGGAAAGGGAGAGAGGGAGGGAGAGGGACGCAGCCAGGAGGCCUGCAAGGUCCAGCCCCUCAGCUAGGAGGUCACGCUCGCCGCCCCAGAAGACUACUACCUCCCCAGCACGUCGCACUCCACCAAGGCAGUAUCAGGAACCACCAUCCCGAUCCAGGAGAGCUUCUCCUCCUCCGGCCUGGUCAGACUGGGACAGAGAGAGACAGAGAGACAGAGAGAGGGACAGGGACAGAGACAGAGAGAGGGACAGAGAACGUGAGCGGGUUGCCAGGAGGAGCAGGUCCAGAAGCCCAAGAAGGCGCAGCAGGUCCAGGUCUAGAAGUCCAAGGCGGCGAAGCCCCCCCAGCAGGUCCCGUCGUUCUCCUUCUCCACAGCGGCGAAGGAGGAGCAGUCACUCCCUCUCCCGAGAAAGAGCGAGACAAAGGGAACACGAGAGGAUCAGGCAGAGGGAGGUAGAACAAGAGAGAGGACGGGUCAAGGAGCAUCCGCCCCCAAAAGAUGUCCCCCAAUCCCACAGGUCCUCCUCAUCCUCAUCAUCCAGCUCCUCUUCGUCCUCUUCGUCCUCACCGUCACCACAGCGAGAGAUGAAAGACACAAAAGAACUAACAAAGAGAGACAAAAGAACGGAGAGAGAGGACGAGAAGAAAGAGGACAGACAGCAGAAAAGUAGUUCCUUUUCUUCACAAGGCCCAUCCAGAGACUCAUCCCAUGCCCCACCUUCAGGUAGGAGAGGCUCCCAGUCAGACUCCAGGCACUCUGAUGUGGCCCCCAGAAGGUCCCCCGCGGGCAGCCAACCAGACACCAAACAGGUGUCUCGAGAUCCAAGCAGGAAGCAGUCACCAGUGGCGACCCAUCAACCCUCAAACCAAGCAGUCAGAAGUGAGAGCGCUGUAAACGGGAAGGAGGCAGGCAAGAAAGCAAACAGGAGCAGCAGCUCCAGCUCCUCUUCCUCGUCCUCAUCCUCCUCUACUUCUUCCUCGUCUUCAUCAUCCUCAUCAGACAGCUCUGACUCUGAAGUGGAGCAGGAAAAAGGGAAGGCAGUCAAAGCUCCAAGUUCUCCUUCUUCAUCCUCUUCAUCGGAGAAUGAAAAGGAAACCAAGAAAAAGAGCCCUGCAAUGCCUCGGAGGGUGCCGGCUGAUUCACUGAGAGAUUCUCGCUCACUCAGUUAUUCUCCUCCAAGGUACAUGAGAGCAGCGCCGCCCUCGGCUAGCCGCAGGAGUGGCAGCAGGCAGUCACCGAGCCGCUCCUCAAGCAGCAGAAGAAGGAAAUGAGCUGACAUCUUGGGGCGCUUUACUUCUUUUUUUGUGUUUGUCUGUUCACUUCCGGCUGGUGUGAACUGGACUAUAACAAGGACUAUACAGCCAGCAGUCAGUAGAUAUACAUCUGCUAAUGUCAGGGGACUUGUUUUGGUUUUGAACCAUCAAACAGUUAUCAACAAUGUGUUUGUUUUUUAAGCAGCAUUGACCUGAGGCUGGCUUGUACAUUUCUUUUUAUGAGCUGAAUAAGAAACGUACACAUUCAGACACACAAACAGUUAAGUAAAAUGUAACUAACAAUGUUCCUCUGUACUUGUACUGUUUGUUGCGUUAUACCUGUAGAUAUAAGCUGUCUGUAUUUUUGGUUAUUAUGUAACAGAUUCAAAUUUCCAUUUAAUGUGAGCAGAAACUGAAACAUGGUUAAUUUCUUUGUUGAAAAUAGUUAAUAAAAGGCAAUUGUACAUUUAA